UUCAAUUUUUCCUUUUCAGUUAUACAAACCAAACGCGGUUCUCGUUUCCUUAUUAGCUCCUAGCGCUAUUAAUAUAAAGAGGACACGAUCGAGUAGAGAGAAGAAAGAAGAAGAAGAAGAUUAACAUAGUUUAUAUACAGCAAACAAACAAGCAAGUUACGUUAAGAAGGUGGAUAGGAUGAAAACAAUAAUGGAUCUUCCAGAGGUUCUGUUAACAGAGGAGAUAUUGGCUAGGGUUCCAUUGAAUUCUAUAAAAUCAGUGCGAUCUACUAGCAAAAAGUGGAACAGUUUAUCUAAAAAGAUGAUUAUCGGUAAAGCCGCAGAAAGGAAGCAGCAGUUCAUUACGGAGGGAUUCGUGAUAAAGGAUCAGAGGGUUUGUUUUAUGAAAUUCAAUCUCCAAGGAAUCCGCAUCUACCAAAACUCUGUUCAUCCGUGCAGCAGCAAUGAACAAGUAAGUAUACUUGAUCAAAUCGACAUAUCUAAAGUCAUUCACUGUGACGGCUUAUUACUAUGCGUCGCCAAAGACGAGCUCUUGGUAUGGAAUCCCUAUUUAGGACAGACGAGGUGGAUCCAACACAGAACAAAAUUCGAGGGGUUCGAAAGUUUGUCCUUGGGAUAUGACAAGAAGAACCGUAAUCACAAAAUCUUGAGGUUUUGCUUUGUUCCUCUGCCAGGCAUAAGCAACUCCAUUGUAGGGUUCGAAAUCUACGAUUUUAGCUCUAAUUCAUGGAAGGUUCUUGAUGUCACUCCUCCCGAAUGGGGGAUAAGGCAUUGUCGACAUAACAGCGUGUCUCUCAAGGGUAAUGCUUAUUUUUCUGCAGUGGAAAGAAGACACGUUCCCCCAUCAAGGAAUGUUGAAGAAGAUUUUUUAGUCUGUUUUGAUUUUACAACCGAGUGCUUUGGACCGCGUCUGCCUCUUCCUUUUGACACUGGCGAUUGUUUUGGAAUUCUCGUGUCUCUCUCUUGUGUUAGAGAUGAGCAGCUCGCGGUCUUGUUUCAACGCUGGGAGACGCAUGAAAGGAUUGAUAUUUGUAUUACCACUAAGAUUGGUCCUAAUUCCGUUUCCUGGACCAAGCUUAUGGUAGGGGUCCCUGGUUUUAUGCUUGACCUUUAUGGUGGGAGUUUUUUCAUUGACGAGGAGAAUAAACUUGCUGUAGUUUUUGAUCUAGACAUGAGAUCUAGGUUCCAAACAGCUCACAUCAUUGCAACAGAUUAUGGAUACUUGAAAUCUGUUGAUAUCAGAGUUUCUCCAGCCGAUUGCCCACUUGUCUACUCUUCAUAUGCUCCAAGCUUAGUGCAACUGCAAUAAUUUGUGUUUUGUCCUUUCUCAUCUUUUAAAACUUAUCACUGUCGAGAAGAAGAUAUGCUUCAUAAUUUUUUUUCCUUUUUUUUUUUUGCAUUUGGAUUUAUGUUCAGUGAAUGAGAAAUUAAGGAAUCAGUACCACAUCUGUUAAUAAACCUCU